AUGUCGGAGUAUUACGACCAGUUUCAUCGUUGGGAGCCCUUGGCUGAAUUUCACUUCAAUUUAGACGAUUAUGAGGACAUGUACGACGAUAAUUACGUCUACUGCUUAUGUAGCAGAGCAUUUAUUAGAGAUGGUGUUAAGACAUACUAUGUUGAAAAGGAUGCAAGUGAGAGUGAUAUGGAGUUCCACAAAGAUAUACAGAUGCAGGAUUGGGAAGACCAGUCCCAUGUGCAUUUCUCACUUGAUACUUCUUAUAAAGUAAAAUGCGAGAAAGACGAAAAUGCAAGCUGUUACUGCAGUGCAUCACACACUGACAACUAUUAUUCUACAGACGAACAUGACCCUGCUCAAAACCACUGCAGUUCUCAUGCAUUACAACCCAGUGACAGUGGUGCCGAUCUCACAUACCCUGAUUACCAAUCUGACAACACUAAUCAUGAUAAACUUGAAAAGAUGGAUCAAGAUUUCACCAACCAAAGUCUGGUAGAAUCUAAUGAAGAUUACCUCUCAAUAAACACUUGGGAAAAAUUCUGGGCUGUCCAUGGUGAAAGACUCAUUUGGGCCUCAUGGAUAAAGAAAUACAGUGACUACAUAAAUCCAGAUUUUCUAGAUGAAAACAACCAUCUAUUGAUGGAUGAAAAAAAUAUACCAAAGAAACAACACUCAGCAGACCUUAUUUUCAAUACUAUUGAACAAACAAAACAGCAACAACCUGCUGAAAAUGAUAUGAGGGAAAGGAAAUUUUCAUAUGAUUCUAAAGUUAAUCCUUACAAGAAACGAUUGUCCAAUCAAAAUUCUACUGAAAGAGGUGACAAGUAUAUUGAGAAAUGCAACAAAGAUGAUGUGUUCGUACCUAUAGGUAGGAGGCGAUCUUGCUCUGAGCAUGAUAGAAUGCUCAGUCCUAGAACAUUGGCUGGAACAGACUCAAUGACCAAUGUAACUAAGAUUACUCUGUCAAGUUACGACAUAUCAUCUGGUCAUGUCACAUCUGAGUCUUCUCCUACUGAUGAUUAUAGUGUAACAUCCUCAUCUUCUGACGACCCAUCAAAUGAUCAAACAAGGAUAGUAAAUGUAAACGCUCCUUCAGAAGAACAAGAUACAGAUGAGUAUUGGCAGUUUCUAUGGAAAAAACAUUUUGGAGAGCAAUAUGCUUUACACUACGCCAAUUUUGUUGAGAGCCAAAAUCAACUUUGUUAUAAAAAUGUACCAACAGUACAAGUUGUGGUAGUGCCUGAGAGUAAAGUUGAGGAAAAGGUGGGAGAAAUUGAAGGUGAGAACAGUGAAGGUAAUUCUCAAGAAAUGCCUUCAGUUAUUGAAAUACAAGGUCAAGUUAAUGACAUGAAAAUUGAAGACCGAAAUACAAAGAAACGAAACAAGAAAAUUAAUCUUGAUAAUCCCAGAUACGUAGGCUCAGUAGGAUAUAUAUUACAAAAUUUGUUGAAAGAAGAACAGGAAAAAGUCGGUACACAAUCUGAAGUUUUAGAGGCAGGUGAUGCGGAUAGUGGUAAAAGUGAACCGACUGCUCAAGACAUGGUAGAUGGCGCUACUAAUACACGUAAAGUACUUCAAUCUGAGAGCAAGAGCGAUUUUAGCCACUAUAGCUACAAUGAAGGAGAUAAUGACCCACCAGAGGAAAAAAUGCUAAAGCUAAAAAGAAGCCACGAACUUGAUGAAGACGAAGAAUCUGCAGAGAAGGUCAAAACAACUUUCGAGAUAAUGGGGUUUUGUUUACAAGAAGACAACAUGCCUAUUGGCCAAGUAGUGUACAGGAAGGGUAAUAGAGCCUUGCGUCCUCCGCGUUCUAAAAAAAUUGCAUCUUUUAAGAAAACUUAUUUUGAUGAUGAUGGGAAUCCUUAUCAGAUUGACCAGGCAGAUAGUCAAGAGGAAAGAGAAAUGCAAACUGACGAUGAUUGCGUGGAAGUUAAAUUUGAUUAUGAUAAGGUAUACACACCAAUAGCAGGAACAGAAUUUAAGAAACUCAAUCAAAAUCAAGAGACUGUUAAUGAGAAACGAAACAGUACAGCAUUAGAAGCGUCUAAAGUGCCAUUUCCGGAUGCAGAGACAUCGUUUAGCGAUUUCCAAGAUGAAAGUGAACCAAAGCCUUUUGAGGGUGUUGUGGGGAGCAUAGUGAAGCGUAGAAGGCGAGUAAAGAGAAACAGACUGGUCGAUAACGACGGCGUUAUUAUCUCUGAUAUGCCACCUGAACUAGCAGGUGACCCUAAAAUGAGAAAGUACUGGAGAAGAAGGCAUUCGUUAUUCCAUAGAUUUGAUGAAGGCAUCAAGUUGGAUAAAGAGAGUUGGUUCAGCGUAACUCCUGAGAAUGUCGCGUGGCAUAUAGCAAAUAAAUGCGGAUUCGAUGUUGUUUUAGACGCCUUUUGUGGGGCAGGAGGGAAUACUAUACAGUUUGCAAAGACGUGCAAAAAAGUGAUAGCAGUGGACAUAGACCCAGUAAAAAUAGAAAUGGCACAGCACAACGCACAAGUGUAUGGUGUGGCAGAUAGAAUAGAAUUUAUAGUAGGAGACUUCUUUGAGUUGGCUCCUAGACUCUAUGCGGACAUGGUGUUUUUAAGUCCGCCGUGGGGUGGACCUAACUAUUCUGAGAACAAAGAAUACGACAUAGAAGUGAUGCUGGAGCCUCGGCCGGCGUCGGAACUGAUGAGAGUGGCACGACAAAUAAACACCAACGUGACCUUGUAUCUGCCCAGGAAUACUCGAUCUGAUCAGAUUUUAGCCUUAGCUAAAGAAGCAAGGGGAUCUGUAGAAGUAGAACAAAGUUAUCUCGACAAGAGAUUUGUGGCGAUUACUGCUUAUUUCUAUUAAAACACAUUCUUAAAUCAUUUAGCUUCCAUAUUUCAAUGUCUUUUCGCGAUGAAACGCCUCAUAGUUGAGAGCUAUACAAUCCGUAUGCUUCCUAGAGGGCACACUAUAAAGGCUUAACCGUGAUAUAGCGAAUUAGAGUGUACUUAAGACAAUAUCCUGAUUGCAUAUGUGAAUUCGAUGCAGGCACAAUUGCAGUACAACUGCUGACUGGUUGUAUUAACGACUGCACACUAACUGCAAGAUAAGUGGCAUGCGGGGCAGCAGUCGCAUCGACUGCACAUAAACAGUACUAUUGCGGCGGAUUUCGUUAAGCGCACUCCAUCUGCAUAUACCCUUACCAUCUGCACAAGGAGUGUACUCUUGUUUUUAUGCACGGUCCAUUUAACGCUCAUACUGAUAUAAUAAUGGUGAUGCCCAUAAAUAAAACGACGUUUUUACGUUACAAUUACGUUUUACCUCAGAAAUGGGUAAAAACUCCAUCAAACGGCCCGGGUUUUAAUUGGAUUUCUGCCCAAAAUCGUGGGCAGGAUCGAAUCAUCAUCGAAUACGGUACUUGGUGUAAUUCCAUGCUUAUUACCAAUUUCAAUGUAAAAAAUCUUUUUAUAUAUAAUAUCUACCCUGUGGAUUCUCACUAAUAAAGAUGCACAUUACGAUUUCAUUUCUAUAAAGAUCGAUUCAAGUGCUUACGAUUUAACGGCAUUUGUUUCGAUUUAUAUCAAUGCGAUUUUCAAUCACUCCAUUCAAUAGAAAUGCAAAUCGAACCGUCUAGAUCAGAAAGCAAUAAACAUUUUGUCAUAAUAUCAUUCCAUUUGAACAAAACAAAUAUUUAGCUGUUAAUAGGUUUUGCCCUCGAUUUCGGGCGUUCAUAGUUUUAACCUUAUUUAAACCCGGCGUUAACAAAGCGCUGGAUUAAAACCUGGGCGCUUGUCCAUUUCUGUUGUACGUACGUUUUUGUACAAUAAUACAUAAAAAUACAGCUAUCCUCUUUGAGCUUUAUCCCAACUUCCCACGAUGGCAACUGGGCUCGCUAAAAAUACCUUAUUUAUAUGCUAAUAAACUAAGCAGGUGAAGAGACCUGACAGAAAGAUAAAAGUAAACGGCUAUUUUAAAUUUCCCUAUUUAUGUAACCACAUUAUAAUAUGUGCAAUAAAAUAACGUGCAAAAAUAACAGAUAUAACUUUAAUAUUUGCCUAUUGCUACAAACAUAUUAUUUAUGUACGUACUUGCACCU